AUGUUUAUUGUUACUUAAAUUUUUGAUGAACCAGAGGAUGAUUAAGAAAGCAAAGAAGCAAAAUAAAUUGUAUCUGUACUUUUAAGAUUCUCCUAUUAUGCAUUUCAAUUAUUUGUCAUUUAUGAAUCAGCUUAUAUAAUAAUCUUUGAGAUUGGUAAAAUUGUAUAUACUUUUUACUUUGCUUUUUUGUACUUUUUUCUUUUAAAAUCAUUUUAUUUGUCAAUCAGUAAGAAAAGCUAAACAAAUGUAGACAUGAUUGAAGAAUAAAAUUUAUGUAAAAAAUGCAAAAUACAUAGAGGUUAAUUUAAUGAAUAUAUAUAGAAAUAACAACACAUCACUGUAAAAUAUGUUAGAGUUGUAUAUUAGAAAUGGAUCAUCAUUGUUUUUUUAUUGGUAAUUGUGUAGGAAAAAAUAACUAUAAAUAUUUUAUAAGUUUUAUUUGUUAUACUAAUAUUCUUGCUUUGAGCGUAUUACUUUAUUUAGGAAAUCAAUUUUAUUACUUGAUAACAUUUUAAUUAAGAUUGUUAACAGUAAAUUGGUUUAGAUUGAUAAUUGUGUACAUUUUUACUACAUUACUUUUUUUAUCAGCAAUUUCAAUGUUAAUAGCUUAAGCUUAUGUGCUAGCUAAUAACAGUUCAAUUGUUCAUAUGGUAAAAUAUCCUGAUUUAAAGAAAUAUACUUAUUGUUAAUUUAUUCUCAGCAUAUUUAAAAAAUCUUUAUAUAUAGACAUAUAUAAUUCAUGGAAAUAAAGAAGUGAUUAAUAUUAUUUAUUAUUACCAUGA